GGGACAUUUGAGUGCAGUUUUGGAGGUGCAGCCACCCAUCUCAAUGGUUACGUGCAUGCCAUUCGUGACUUGGCGUGUGGGCGAGACUGAAAAGUAUGUCAAAAUCGGAAAGUGGGGCUCAGCUGCUUGCUCGACUCGGAUCACGACCAUGUUUAGAGAAGCUGGAACCCUCUAUAUUUCCCAAAGGAAUCUCUCCAGGGGAGGUGGUGGAACUCUUCGGGGCAGAAGGUACAGGGAAGUCAGAAGUUCUCCUUCACUGCCUCGCUAAAUGUAUUCUGCCUCCGGAAUGGCUGACAUUCAACCUUGGUGGACUGGGAGCCAAGGUCAUAUUCAUCGACACAGAUUACAAAUUCUCGAUCUUGCGAUUAGUGAUCUUACUUGAAAAGAAAAUCACAGACAUUGUAGAUACAGAAGUGGAUAAAACAAAACCAACCAGUGAUGAGAUUGAAGUAUUUAUUACGAGGUGCUUGAAGAGUUUGUAUCUUGUACGAUGUAAUAGCAGUCAUCAAUUACUGUGUACUCUUCACAGCUUGGAGACAAAUAUUGCUGCUGACUCCGACAUUGCCUGUAUCAUGAUCGACAGCAUCUCAGCUUUCUAUUGGAUAGACAGAUGUAACCAUGGUGAUGGAGGAUCAGCUCAUGAAAUCAAUAUGAAUAGGAUUGUGGAGAUACUUCAAACAAUUGCCAAGAAGUAUAAUCUUGUUGUCAUGGCUACAAAAGCAGCAGUGUUCAAAGCCAAAUUAAGAGACUUUGACAAGGGAGAUAAUACAUCUCCUUUUGGGGAAUCCAAACAUAAGGGAGACAACUCAAACUUUGCUGAAUAUUUGGGGAAAACUUGGAAUAAGUUUGUUGGGGAACGGUUGAUUAUGGAGAAAGAUGUGACUAGGGGAAAGGCAAUUUUCACAGUAAAGCAGAAAAACUCUGGUCAGUCAGUAUGUUUUACAGUCUCUGAAAGUGGACUGCAGUUUGAAUGAUUAGUUUCACUGUGUGGGUACUGGUAAAUACAGAGCUGAACAAAGUAGUGUCGCCUGAAUCAAUCAAUCAAUUGUUUGCAAUUAUAAGAUCCUAGAUUUAUCCUGAUUAUGAUCCUUUAGAUGUCAGCACCUUAGUGGUAUAGUGGAUAGAGUUUCGGAAAGACUUCCGCCCGUAUCCCUCCUUAAAUUUCAUCCUAGUCAAAUCAUAUCACCUGAAUAUAUAUUCCUCAUCUGAUAAGGAUGAGUUUUAACACGUUUCUUUAAUUGUAUCUGAACAUACUGAAAGGCAUAUCCAACUUCUAAAAAUGCCACACGAAGACAUUUUUCCUCAUCGUUAAAAUUUAGGGGAUACAGGGUGGAAGUGUUACCAGAGUUUCUACCCAGAGGGUGGAAGGUUGAUUGUUGUAUCCCUAGCCUCGUCAUCCUGGCUUUGAGUCAGUAUGUGUCUGACAAGGGUAUCCAAUUAAAUGGCAGUAUGGUAGCUUGGCUAACACAAUAGAACCAUCAUUGGUCUGAACCAGUACAAGCAGCCACACAGGGCUGUGGGGUAGCCUAAUGGCUAAAGUGUUCACUCAUCAUUCCGAAGACCCGGGUUCAAUUCCCCACAUGGGUACAAUCUGUGAAGCCCAUUUCUGGUGU